AACCGCCCUGCAAUGUCUAUCAAUGUCAAUGUUUCCAUUCCCAUCGACUCAGCCAUCGCCAUUCGUGGCAUUGACUACGCCCUAGAACGAAUCGAUGGUGAAGUGGAAUUCACGCUGUCGACCAUCACGUCAGCCGUAAUCGAAGCGAUCAAGGACCUCCCAGACGAUUACCUGCUCGACGGCUUCGAUGCGGAUUAUGACUUCACACAGCCUUCUCGUUCAGCACCAAGGACAGCCUCGAGAUCAACAUCCGGCACCACGCAACUCUCACACACCACUGUUUCAACCUACUCCACUACUGACAGCCGCCUCGGGGUGUCAUUCUACGAAGACUUUUGCAUCACCGUCGUAGAUCCCAAAGGCACGCAGCACCUGAUCGAGACUUGCUCCGACAUGACCGUGGCGGAACUAGAAGCAAAACUCGACGAGCAGCGUGGCGAACCCAGCAAGCAGAACCGCUUGGUAUGGAGAGGCUACAGACUCAAUCAACCAGAUGCCACGCUGAGGCACUACGGCAUCGGUCCCGGCUGCGUGCUAGUCUUAUUCCAUCAUCUCUUACCUACCCUCCCAAUCGAAGACCCAGAGCUCGAGAAUCCAAGCAUCCCCCGCGAAGAAGACUUCGAUUUCUGGCUCGCAACCCCUUCGGGCAAAUCUUUGUCUGUGAAAGCGCGGCCGGAGACGACGACCGCCGAACUUGCUACUGCGGUGUGGCACCAGCUGGGAAUUCUACCAAGUAUGCAGAAACUGGUGUUCCAGGGGUUGGUGGUGUAUGAUGGGAGUUCGUAUGCGGCGGGGAGAGAGCAUUUGAUUUUCACGCUGGAUGAGGUUAGCAUUGGCGUGGACGCGGUAGUGUCGAUUCAGAUCGCAGACAGUCUGCAAUGAAGGAGGGCAUGUUUGGCGUACACUGUAAUUGCAGGGGAUGUUGAUAUCGUAAAGAAAAUGUCUUCGGUGGCUUGUUGUCUUUGGUUAGAUCACGUGUGUAGGCUGAGAACAGGUAUCCUGCCCAUAG